AUGGUGGCAAACACUUUCCUCUUCACGUCGGAAUCCGUGUCGGAAGGACAUCCGGAUAAGAUGUGCGAUCAGAUCUCUGACGCUGUUCUCGAUGCCCACCUGAAAAUUGAUCCUGACGCAAAGGUUGCAUGUGAAACGGUAACUAAAACGGGUAUGAUCAUGUUGUGUGGCGAAAUCACAUCUAAGGCAAAUAUCGAUUAUCAGACGCUUGUUCGUGAAGUUGUCAAGAAAAUCGGCUACGACGAUUCAAGCAAGGGUUUCGACUACAAGACCUGCAAUGUCCUGGUCGCUCUCGAGCAGCAGAGCCCUGAAAUCGCAGCUGGUGUGCACACGGACAAGAAAGAUCUUGACGUUGGCGCUGGUGAUCAGGGAAUCAUGUUUGGUUACGCCACCGACGAGACUGAAGAAGCAAUGCCUCUUACCCUUCAGCUAGCCCAUCAAUUGAAUGAAAAGCUUCACGCAAUGCGUCGGAGUGGGGAGCUUGCAUGGGUUCGUCCCGACUCGAAGUCUCAGGUAACAAUCGAGUACAAAUUCGACGGUGGUGCAUGCGUUCCUGUUCGCGUUCACACUGUUGUGUUAUCCACCCAGCAUUCUCCUGAUAUCAGUCUGGAGCAGCUAAGGAAGCAAAUUCUGGAAAAGGUUAUCCGCGCUGUUAUUCCUGCUCACCUUCUCGACGACAAAACUGUCUUCCAUUUAAAUCCAUGUGGUGCUUUCGUAAUCGGUGGACCUAUGGGAGAUGCUGGACUGACGGGACGCAAGAUUAUCGUUGAUACAUACGGAGGAUGGGGUGCUCAUGGAGGUGGUGCUUUUUCUGGAAAGGAUCCCACUAAGGUGGAUCGGUCAGCUGCCUAUGCUGCACGAUGGGUUGCUAAAUCCCUUGUAAAGUCAGGCAUUUGCCGUCGUUGUCUUGUCCAAGUAUCAUACGCCAUUGGAAUUGCCGAGCCUCUCUCUGUGAUGGUGUUCUCAUUUGGAACUUCUGCUCUCAACGAAAGUGAACUGCUGCAGAUUGUCAACGACAAUUUCGAUCUCCGGCCAGGAAUGAUCAUUAGGGAACUCCAAUUGAAAAGACCCAUCUACGAACCCACUGCAGAGAAUGGUCACUUUGGUCACAAGUCUUUCCCAUGGGAACAACCUAAGCAAUUGAAGAUCUCACCGGAACUUCUUAAGAAGGCUCAUGAACCGGCUCGUUCAGAAGAUGUUGGUGCUAUCGCGCACUAA